AAUGUGUUGUGAGCUAACCAUAUUAUUUUAAACUUAACAGUCAUCUUUUAUUCAAGCUCAACUUAAUUUUUCAUCAUAAUCAACAUUUUUAGCGUCUCUAACCAUCAACUUUCCUAAUUAGUAAUGGUUUUACAUUCAACAAUAAACAAAACUCUACCACUUCAGCAAGCUAAUUUAUUUAUAACGAUGUUUAGCUUUUCCACCAACAAGUAACUCGCUAAGUAUGUAUCAGUCGAUUUUAAUAACUUAAUUGUCUAUUUGUUCAACCAUCAUCAGCAACACCGAAAAAGUAAUCAUAUCGAAAAAAUAACAUCAACAACAAGAGUUUUCUUCUUUUACCUGUUUUUUUGUUCACUCUCCUCUUCAAUCAUCUUAAGCUUUUUUUGUUGUGAUUUGUUAAUUAUCAGUGCCAAGCACCCUUUAAUACAUUUAUACUAUUUAUAUCAAUUAUUAAGUGAAACCCUUUUCAGGCCCCCUUUUUCCCCAGUAAAAAAUCUUAAUCAUGAUUGUCAUUAAUGAAAUGAGUGAUCGUGAGUUUACAUCUUUACCAAAUAUGGAUGUUUUGGAAGAGAUUAAAACCAUUGAUCAACCAGUUUUGGCUAUUCUUAAUCCAAGAAGGCGACUUCUUCUUGACCCAGGAGUUCCUAGUGCUGUUCAAGUUCGUAGUGUCACCUAUACUCUUGGAAGUGCUGAUAAGAUUGUUAAUAUUCUUAAUCGUACCAAUAUGACAGUUCCUCUUGGGGCAAUUUAUUCCCUCCUUGGACCCAGUGGUUGUGGUAAAACAACUUUACUUCGAUGUGUUAUUGGAUGUCUUAAACCACAAAAAGGAUUGAUUCGUGUCUUUGGAUAUAAACCUGGAACAAAAGGAAGCUUUAUUCCAGGACCAGGAAUCGGUUACAUGCCACAAGACUUUGCUCUUUAUGACGAUUUAACUAUAGAGGAAACUUUAAUCUACUUUGGUCGUGUUUAUUUUAUGCAUAAUGAUCUACUUCAACAGCGGAUAGACUACUUAAUUGACAUUAUGGAAUUACCUCAGCGAUCAUGUUUGAUUAAAAAUCUUUCAGGAGGACAAAAGCGUAGAGUCUCCUUUGCCUGUUCCCUAGUCCAUAAACCUAAAUUAUUACUAUUAGAUGAACCUACCGUUGGAGUUGAUCCAAUCUUGCGUACACGUAUUUGGGAUGUGCUAAUUCAUUUGACAGAAAAUGAAAAGAUGACAGUAAUUAUUACAACUCAUUACAUAGAAGAGACAAGGCGAUCUCAUAUGGUUGGAUUUAUGCGUCGAGGGCACAUAUUAGCUGAAGACCCGCCAUCAACUUUAAUCCGUCGUUAUCAUGCCAAAAGUCUUGAAGAUGUGUUUUACAAGUUAUGUGCAGCCCAAAAAAGGCAAUCAAAAUUAUGGAAACGAACCUCGUCUCGUAAAAGAUCAGGCCUUUUUUCGAAGUAUCCUUUAAACCAAAGGGAUUGGGAUGAAACUCUAGGAGGUCUUGGAGGAGUUGGAAACAAUGGAGGUAUCGGUGGUGCUAAUAUGAAUGGAGAAGGAGAUUCAGAUGAAGCAGAACCAGAAUCUCCUUUUGGUAGUUCAUUAGAUAUGGCUCCAGACUCUGGUAAUGCCCAUUGGUAUACCAAAUUGGAUGCUGUUACUCGUAAAAUUUUAAUCCAAUCAAUUCGUCAACCAUCAGCCAUAUUUGCUCAAUUCAUCCUUCCUUUGGUUAGCUUGUUCCUCUUCUGUUGGUGUGUUGGUGGAACCCCAAAAUCACUGCCAAUUGCACUGGUUAACAAUGAAAAUCCCGCCUACCUUUCGGAAGUCUAUUUAUCUCAUCUUGAUAAAUCAAUCAUUAGUUUAAAAAAUUAUUCAUCUCUAGAAGAAGCCUUGGAAGGAGUUCGAGCCAACAAAUUGCUUGCAGCUUUACAUUUUGAACCCAAUUUUUCCGAUUCACUGAUACAACGGUCAGAUACAAAUGAGAUUAUUUCUGAUCGCGUUGUCAACGAUUCAACUAUAAAAAUUUAUGCUGAUCUCACAAAUAAGAUUCUAGUUGUAACCCUACUUAGGUCACUUAAUAUUGCUAUUCAAAAAUUUCUCCGUGAAGUCUCAAAUGAUCUUGGAUAUUCAUCUGAACUAUUCACUCCACCAAUUAAAGUAGAAUCAGCCGUUUUUGGUGAAUAUCGACCAGGAGACUAUUUCGCUGUUCGUGAUUAUGGUAUUCCUGGAACUUUAAUCAUUUUAACUUAUAGUUGUGCCUUCGGAUUGACUGUGAUGGUUCUUACAGUUGAACGAGCUCGUCAAAUGUUUGAACGUAAUUUUGUGGCUGGAGUAACGACGACUCAUAUAAUAUUAGGCCAUUUGAUUGCCAGGAUAAUAUUCAUGUCCAUCUCAGUGGUUAUCCUUUUCCUUGUUGCUCUUUUCAUUUUUGAUGUUCCUUGUAAUGGACCUUUUCUCCAAGGUUUAUCACUGCUUUUCCUUCAAAGUGUCUCAGGUUUAACUCAUGGAAUGAUGAUCUCUUCAAUGUGUUCCGAAUUUUUCAUGGCUGCCGUCAUCAGUAAUGGCAUGUUAUUAACCAUGUUUAUCCUUUCCGGCGCUCUUUGGCCAGUUCAAUCUCUCCCGUUUUGGUUGAAAAAAGUAAGCCUAGCGCUUCCAGUAACCAUACCAACUGAAGCAUUACGCAGCAUACUUUCUCGAGGACUUGAUUUAAACCAUCAAUCAGUAAUGUUUGGCUUUGCCAUAUCAAUCGGUUGGUCAUUGAUUUUCCUCUUCUCAGCUGUAAUCCUAUUCAGAGAGACACAAAAAUUACGAGAUUGAAAUGAAAACAAGAGUUACAAGGAAAAGAUGGCGAAGCGAAAGAAAUACAAAAACAACAUUUACCAAAGU